AAAGACAAAACAAGUCUAUAAAAAUGUGUGUUCAUUUACAUCUGAUUAAGACAAAGCAAGUCUAUAAAAUGUGUGGUGAAUGAUUUCUCUGAGAAAAAGGGGUUAAAUGCAUUAAGUGCGCAGUAGAGGGCGUUGUGUUUCUGACAAACACAUCUCUUGUUUAAAGAUGUUAAUGUAAGCAAUAUUACAAUUUGCAACAGUGAAAAUAUUUUAUACUGAUUGUUGAAAGUCGUGUAACUGACAUGUUUAUAAAAUUGACUGGUUUUAUUUUUUUUGUUUUUUUGUGUGACAAAUAUCAAUGGGCAGAAUAAUGUGUGGAUGGCACAGAUAGAAAAAAUGUCAUUAUUGGAAGAAUGUGAACAAUUACCAGAUGAAACUCGAAACAAGCCUAAAGCGGCUGCCGUAUUAUCAGACGAAGAGAUUCAAAAACUCUACACAGACAACAUUCUGGGUGCAACAACGCCAAAAUCACUUCUAAAUACCAUUUGGUUGAACAACUCCCUGCAUUUCGGCCUACGAGGAACCCACGAGCAGUACAAUUUAAGAUGGGGUGAUGUCAAACUGAAGACAGAUGCUUCAGGAAAUGAAUUUCUGGAAUUCAAUGAACGACAGACUCAGACCCGCACUGGCGCAAAUGCAUCAGAUGCCAGAAAAAUUCAUCCGAAGAUGUUUGCCUCACCAGAGUUAGGAAAUAGGGACCCUAUUUACAUUUACAAACAGUAUAGUGAUAAAAGGCCACCCGGCUUCAGCACUGAUGAUAGCCCAUUCUACCUGGCAACAAGAACCGUGCCCUUAACUGACAUUUUUGAUCAGUGGUUCCUACGGCAGAAACUUGGUGAAAAAAAAUUGCCAAGAUGUUGAAAACUAUGGCAAUCGAGGCCGGUUUUGACAAAACCAAAAAUAUCAGUAACCAUUCCGCUAGAAAACACCUUGUUCAAAAAUUAAGGGAUUCCAAUAUCGCACCCACUGAAAUCAUGCAAAUUACAGGACACAAAA